AUGGCGAUACUAUGUCAUCUUCCGGGAAGGACACACCCCGAGGCACAUGCGAAAGCCAUCGGCGAGAAGGAGAUUGCCCUGUUCGCACCUCACCCAAUUGGACCAUGUAGUGGCACGAUGACGGACGAGUAUAGGGAGCGGGUCAGAAGGGAUCCUGGUGUGUUAAAGGUCAUACAAUACGAUGGAGACGGCGAGUGGUUUUGA